UCGGGCCGGGAGCGCUGGGAACGGGGAUGCUGCUGGCCCGGGAUGGGGCUGGAACCAUGCCAUGGGUCAGCCGAGGGUCAUUGUCCAGCCGGGAUCUGCUCCAGGCCCGGGAAUGCUGUCCCUGGCAGCAACUGAAUCCCGGCCGGAGCAAUGCCAGGGGUCACCCAGGGGUCACCCAGGGGUCACCCAAGGGUCAUUGUCCAGCCAGGACCUGCUCCAGGCCUGGGAAUGCUGCUGGAUCCUGACCCUGUCCUGGCUGGAGCAAUGCCAUGGGGCACCCAGGGGUCAUCCAGGGGUCACCCAGGGGUCACCCAGGGGUCACCCAGGGGUCACUAUCCAUCCCCUGCAGGCUCCUGUCCCUGUCCUGGCCAGACCAAUGCCAGAGGUCACCCAGGGGUCACCCUGGGGUCACUCAGGGCUCACCCAGGGCUCACCCAGGGCUCACCCAGGGCUCACUGUCCAGCCCCUGCAGUCUCCUGUCCCUGCAGCUGCUCUGUCCCCCCCUCACUGCCCCCUGGGGCUGCGCCCCAGCCAGGAGGAGCCCCCAGGGACCCUCACCCCGGCUGUUCCCCGGCCCUGGGGGCUCUGUCCCCUCCAUCCUGCACCCCCCGGCAGGGCAUGGAGUACCUGGGGGCUCUGUCACCCCCCAACCCUGGCAGGGCAUGGAGUACCUGGGGGCUCUGUCACCCCCCAACCCCGGCAGGGCAUGGAGUACCUGGGGGCUCUGUCACCCCCCAACCCCAGCAGGGCAUGGAGUACCUGGGGGCUCUGUCACCCCCGGCAGGGCAUGGAGUACCUGGGGGCUCGGCGCUGCGUGCACCGGGACCUGGCCAGCAGGAACAUCCUGGUGGAGAGCGACAGCCACGUGAAGAUCGGAGAUUUCGGGCUGGCCAAGCUGCUCCCGCAGGACAAGGAUUAUUACGUGGUGCGGGAACCCGGCCAGAGCCCCGUGUUCUGGUGAGGGAUGCGAUUCCAGCUCGGGA